UUGGAUGUCAAACGCAUCGAUGAAGAUAUUUUAUCUGGAGUCUAUUACAUUGUAGGACGCCUCUGCCAAUGUGAACUAAGCUGAACGCCACCACUUACCAACAUGUCUCGCCGCAAGCAAGGCAAACCCCAGCACUUGAGCAAGCGGGAGUUUUCGCCUGAGCCCCUGUCGGCCGUUCUCCCCCCAGACGAGGACCACGAGGACCACCCCAGGCUGGGCCAGCAUGGGGACAACAGGAUCCUCCUCAAGGGGGACCAGGACCUGCUCACCUGUGGCCAGUGCCACGCCCGCUUCCCUCUUGCUCACAUCCUGCUCUUCAUCGAGCACAAGAGGCGGCAGUGCCGCGGCGCCCCCUGCACGGACAAAACUUUAGACGACGGGCACAGGCGGUCGCCCUCCACCGUUCCCCUCGCCUCGCCCCGUCCCUCCUCAAACAAAUGCCGAGACAAACACCCGUCGAGACGCCCCGUGGAGGUAGCCGUUCAGGUGGUGCCGCGCAACGAUGAUGAGGAUUGUUUAUCGACGCCCACCCACGGAAUUAUCCCCAAGCAGGAGAAUAUCACAG